UUUUCGCUCAUUGGUUUACCUCUCCUGUAGCAAAGUACCCUAAGGCUGUGAUUUGAGGUAUGGCUACGCUAGAUUCCGAUGUUCCCAUGGUCCCCGUCGGCGAGGCUUCCAGCAACGCCGCCCCUUCCUCCUCCACCAAGAAACCCAAACGUUUCGAGAUCAAAAAGUGGAGUGCUGUCGCCCUCUGGGCCUGGGAUAUUGUUGUCGAUAACUGCGCAAUUUGCAGGAAUCAUAUCAUGGAUCUCUGCAUUGAGUGCCAGGCCAACCAAGCCAGCGCUACAAGCGAGGAAUGCACUGUUGCUUGGGGGGUCUGCAACCAUGCAUUCCACUUCCACUGCAUCAGCCGAUGGCUCAAGACUCGUCAAGUGUGUCCACUGGACAACAGCGAAUGGGAGUUCCAGAAAUAUGGUCACUAGAAUAUCGGGUAGUUGAGAAAAUUUACAUUCCGUGGUCUAUCAUAUUGUGACCUUAAGCAUAAAGAUUAUUGCCCAGUUCAGUUCCAAUUAUCCAAUUCUAUUGCGAUUCUUAUUUUGAUUAAAUUGGGACGUAUGCUUUAGGAAUCAAUAUGUGAAGUUUAAUGGGUUGAACGUUUUUUAUUUAAUCUUUUGAUUGUAAGUUACUUCAAUCCUAUCAUGCUUUCUUUAAUGCAAUCCAGCAUAGAAUAGUUAUAUUAC